AGGUAUUUCAGCUCUCUCUCCUCUCUUCUAGAGAGAUAAAAUUUAUCUCUAUCUUCCUUCUUAUCCAUAAAACAAAUUUCAGAAGGAAUAGAGAGAAACAGAGAGCAUUUUUUGUUUGUAAUAUACUAUCGAUCAGUUCUUGAUCGUUUUACUUCCGUUUUGUCGGAUCUUUAGCUUCGCUUUGGCGAUUUUAAGUUUCGCAUAGGCGAUUUUAAGUUUCGCAUAGGCGAUUUUAAGUUUCGCAUAGGCGAUUUUGAAGUGCUGUCAACUUCAUAACAGAGCUUUACAUCAAGCUUUUCUUUUAUCUCUGGUUAUGAGUUGACUUAAUAAAUUCCGAUCUCGUUUUGAUCGGAAAACUUUUCAGCUUCUACUCUUUCUAUCAAAUUUUUAUAUCCCUUCUGCUUUUUCAAGAGCUGAAUCUCUACUGUUGGUCAUGCUUGAUCUAUAUCCCUGAUAGAAAUCAAUCUUUGUCUUAGGUGUUAAGCAAAGUGUUCUUAAGGGAUAAAGAUUCAAGUUUUACAUGAUUGUCUUCGUGAUUUGGUUUAGUCUAAGAAGAGUUGAAGCUUGUUCUCUCAAGCGUUUCAACAAUGACUGAAUUUGAAUCAAUUGAAGCUUCUUGGUGGAUUCAUACCCAGCAUGGAUGAGGAGGAUCUUUGAAGGCAGAGGCGGUUAAAGAGUGAAGCAACCAAAUGGAAUCAAAUUCUAAGUUGAUUUUCUGAGUUGGGAGCGGCAUAGCCACCAGAGUUGGUGACCUUUCCGGCGAAGAGGCGACUCAAGAGUCAUGGGCAACACGUGUUACUCACCUUCGUUACUUAAUGGGCACGUGGAUGGACAGAUGUAUGUAUUUGGUUCAUCCUUAUCUUUCUAAUGUGGGCUUCGGGUGGGUUAAACAAUGUAUUGGGCUUAUAUAUUUGAUUUCAUUUGUAACAGUUUGGGCUUCUAUAAAAGCCAAGUUGACAAAAAAAAAGCUGAGAAAAAAAAAGAAAAAAAAAUGGGGUUUCUCCGACUGGCGGGGACUCCGUCGUCUACUUCUUAUUGCAAACUCAGUCGCAAUCGGACUGCCUGCAUUGGCUAAAGACGCUCUCGCUUCCUCUCCUACUCAAGGUGAGGUUGGGAUCGAGGAAUGGAAGUUGUGAUUGAAGAUCAGAAUCAGAACGGGAGUAGUGUUGCUUCUAAGCAGCCUGAACCGGAGAAGAGGAAAGAGAAGGAUCUAAGAGUUAAGAGGAAGAGUUUUGGAAGCAAGAAGAUGAGGAGGGCUGGUCUUAGCUCUGAGUCUCCGUCCGCUGCAGAGAAAGAAGAGGAGGAGGAGGAAGGCAUGAAGAUCAGUGCUGCUGCUAAGGUUACUCCGGUGGAGAACGUGGAUGAGCAGAAACCUGAGUGGAACGAUAAUGUCGAGUAUUUCAUUAAGAAGAAACUUCGAAUUUGGUGCCGGGUUGCAAAUGAGCAGUGGCAGCUGGGGAAGAUACAGUCUACUGCUGCUGACACGUCGCUUGUUAUCUUGUCCACUGCUAAUGUUGUGGAAGUGUCUACUGAAGAGCUCUUUCCUGCAAACCCAGAUAUUUUGGAAGGCUGUGAAGACCUUAUACAGCUUAGCUAUUUAAAUGAACCGUCUGUUCUUUAUAACCUUCGUGUCAGAUACUCGCAAGACGUGAUUUAUAGCAAAGCAGGGCCAGUAUUGAUUGCGGUCAAUCCGUUCAAGAAUGUUGAUAUUUACGGAAAUUAUUUCAUCUCAGCAUACCAGACGAAGGCUGUGGAUGCUCCUCAUGUAUAUGCUGUGGCAGGUGCAGCUUAUGAUGAGAUGAUGAGAGAAGAGAAGAAUCAGUCUAUAAUUAUAAGUGGAGAAAGUGGAGCUGGGAAAACCGAAACUGUGAAAUUAGCAAUGCAGUAUUUGGCAGCUCUCGGUGGAGGAGUUGGUAGUCUCCUUGAAGCAUGCUGGGCAGCGGAUCCUAAAGCUCGUCUCGAGUUCAAAGAGAUUACAGUGUCGCUAGAAAAACUGCUUAGAAGCUUAUGCUCAGAUGAUGAUGCCGAGGAUCAGACAAUCAGUUUGGUUCAAGAACGUGUUGUCUAUGACUUUCCCAAGCUGAAGAUGAAGACUACCAAGAAGAAGAAGAAAAAUAAAGUGAUGACAAACAAAAUAUAGUUAGAGGGUUGGGUUGUAAAACUAUUCCUUUUGUUUCCCAUUUCACUCAAUACUGUUUGAGCUGUAUAGCAAUCAAUAUUACCACACUUGUAUUCUGUUUCUUGACACAAAACAGUAACUUUUUAAGUAUAGUAUACAGUGUUUAAGAUGACAACUAAA